AUGGCCUCGCUCCACAACGCUCGCUUCCUCGUCUCGAUCUCGCUUCGCCCCAAUGCCUAUCGAUUGCUCAUCUGUCCUUCAUUGCCGCCCAGCUCAAAGAGCGCAUUGCAUCUUCAAGUUUUUGAUUUUCUGGGCAUCAUUUUGGGACGUCUUUUUGAGCCGAGCCAGAAUGUCGCGCUGCUGCCGACGCAAGAGGUGUGCAACGCCUCGAUCGGGCUGAAAUCGGCUCCAUGGGAUCAAGUUGGCGCCUCGCAGCGCACAUCUACAGCCCCACAUGGCCCGCAGCCUUCGUUCGGCCAUGGCGGUCCAAUCGAUGGCCGAAGCAUUGCGAUCGCAACGGCUGCCGGGUUCCCGGACCCUUUCCCUGUUGCAUCUCCUUCUAGACAACGAUGCACUUGUUUGGUAUUCGAUCAAGCUAGAGACACCGUCGUGCACACUGGCACGUCACACUUCCGCAGCCACUGGGAUGCGUACUCGUUUCGUGCCAAGUGCUCAUCCGUGGCGACGCGCCUUACUUCCGUACUUUCGGUCUCGCUGGCGCGCGGUCCGGGCUUCCUCUCAUCCUCUUCCCACUCUCCAUACUCUACUCUCGCAUCCUCUCCACCGCACCAUCGAUGCUACACCUUGGCAAGCCUCGUGGUUAAACCGUCAUUAAACCGCUUCAAAGUGAAUAGCGUCGAGACGAAUCUGAAUCUGGUAGGUGGACCUUCCACGACUCCUCUUGUGGACAUGGUCAGCGGAAGCAGAGACUCGGUCCACAAUGGGGCCAACGGCAGCAGCAGCUCGGUCAUCGACAUUCGCGGCAACAGGCGCAACCAGACCACCGAUCUCCACACCGGUGGCCACAAGAAAAUCAUCAACGUCCACGGCGAAAGCCGCAGCUCAAUCUUGAAUUUCCACGGCGGUGUCUUUGAGAAGACUAUCAAUUUUUUCGGCGACAGCCGCAAGUCGGCCGUGAACGUCCACGGCGGAAGCUGUAACUCGAUCGUCAACAUCUACGGCGACAGCCGCAACUCGGUCAUCAGCAUCUUCGGCGAUAGUGUCAACACGAUUAUCAAUGUCUACGGCGACAGUCAUAAGUCGACCAUCAUCCUCCACGGCAAUUUUAAUUCGGCCAUCAACAUGAACGGCGGCAGCCACAGGGCAACAUUCAUCGUCCAUGGCAGCUUCAAUACGACCAUCAACAUUCACGGCGACAGCUGCAGCUCGGUCAUCAACAUUCUGGGCGGCAACGUCGAUUCGUCCAUCAACUUCCGCAGUGGCAGCCAGAACGGGAGCGUCAACGGCGUCAGAGGUGGUCAUCGCAUCCGAGACUCUGCCUAG